CCACUAGAGAAAAGAGAAACAAAAAAACAAAGAAAAGAAAAAUCAGAGCUUAUCAGACAAGCCUUUCAAAAUUUGAUUUGUCUGAUAAAAGUGAUAAACAUGUCAUGCAGAGAUAAUGAUCUGUUGAUCUCCCUCCAAACACAGAGUCCCAAUCCAAGCACAAAGACCAAAACAGUAAUUUGUCAAGUCAACCAAAAACCAUCACAGAAGAAAACUAGAAGAAGCCCAAAUUAACCUCAUAGCCUUCUUGGUGUAGACAGAUGCAGUUUUCCAAAACCCAUUUCAACCACACCUCCAUAGCCAUAACUAUCCCACUGGAUAUAGCAACCAUAGUCAUGGCUUCAUUAAUGGCUCCGGUGAGUCUGAAAAUGACUUAGUGCAGGCUCGGUGGUUAGUUGGGCACAGUCUUCACUGCUGUCAUUAAAUGUUUUACCUUCUUUUUUGCUUCUCAAAAUCUCAACUGCCUCUGCCCGUGCCACUCUCUUUUAGAAACUCCUCUUAAGUUUCUCUCUCUAAUCAAAAGCUUAUUAGUCAUCAUAUUCCCAUUUUUAUUAUUAUAACGUGGGUUGGGUUUCGGUGAGCAACUUGGGUUUAGGCGCUGGCGUUUCAAGAAUGCAGACUCAAAGCUCAUGACUGGAGCUGAAAAAGAACAAUCCCAGAGAUGACCAAGAAGAAUCUCCAUUGACCAUCAUGAAACUGUUCUCUGUAUUGUCACAAACUGAAACAGCAAUGGGAGUGAGAACCCAAGUUGGCGCCUUUGCAGUAGCGCUAAUCUUGUUCUUGAUUCAGAGCGGUUUUGCCCAGCAAGGUUCUUUAAGCUCCAGCGUACAACGGUCGGCGUUACUAGACCUCCGGUCGUCGUUGGGUCUCAGAAGUAAAGACUGGCCCAUAAAGGCUGACCCUUGCUCGUCCUGGACCGGAGUUACAUGCAAGAACGGCAACGUUAUUGGGAUCACGGUGUCCGGUUUAAGGCGAACCAGACUUGGCCGGAGCAACCCCCGGUUCGCCGUAGAUUCAUUGGCCAAUUUCACCUUCUUGGCUACUUUCAAUGCCUCUGGCUUUGUGCUUCCCGGGACUAUACCCGACUGGUUUGGCCAAAGACUUAGUGCUCUCCAAAUGCUUGAUCUUAGGUCUGCUUCAGUCAUUGGUCCUAUACCUCAGUCGCUUGGUAAUUUGAGCAAGCUUAAUACUUUGUGUUUAUCUAGCAAUGAUAUUACUGGUAUUAUACCUUCUGCACUGGGAAACAUAGCAGGGUUGGUGAAUCUUGAUCUUUCGCGUAAUUCACUUACUGGGUCAAUACCGUCCUUUGCCUCUCUUGGAAAUCUUACAAGGCUUGACCUUUCUUCAAAUUUCUUAUCUGGGAAAAUUCCAUCAGGUUUAGGUAGCCUUACCAGACUUCAAUUCUUGAACCUAGCUGAUAAUGGUCUCACUAAUUCCAUUCCAGUUCAGUUUGGUAACCUUUCCCAGUUGCUUGAGCUUGAUCUUAGCAACAAUUCGUUGUCUGGGUCAUUUCCUGUGGAAUUGAGAGGGUUGAGGAGUUUGAGGAAGAUGGAGAUUGGAGAUAAUGAUCUAGAAGGUCCACUGUCAGAGGGUUUGUUUUCAACUCUUGUUCAGCUACAAGUUCUAGUUCUGAGUCGGAAUAAGUUUGAUGGUGCUCUUCCUGGUGCAUUGUGGUCACUUCCCAGUUUGCGCUUUCUAGAUGUCUCCAGCAACGAUUUUACAGGAACUCUGCCGAGCCUGGGCCCAAAUGCUAGUGUUAGUGGUGCCGUGUUCAACCUCUCUUAUAAUCUCUUAUAUGGAAAUCUGACUUUUCCUCUUGGGAAAUUUGGUUCAAUCGAUUUGUCUACUAACUAUUUGCAAGGCAAGGUACUAGAAGAUAGUCAAAGCAAUGGUACUCUUGCUAGAAAUUGCCUUCAUAUGGUACCAAAUCAAAGGAGUUUGCAGGAUUGUAGGCAGUUUUAUGAACGGAAGAGAUUUAUAUUCGAUGAUUUUGGGGCCCUAGAACCAACUCAGCCAUCUUUCCUUCAACCUGACUCGAACAGGAAGCGAUUAAUAUUUAUACUGGUUGGGAUAUUUGGCGGACUUGGCUUCAUUGGGAUUUUGGUACUAGUUCUGGUAGUGCUCCUGAAAAUGUGCAAUAAAAGCACAAAUCAACGAGAAAGUGCAAAUGUCGGGCCUGUUCCGGAUGGAGAUGGCCCUUCAAUCCCCAAAGAUCUCAUCUAUGUAUCAGGCCGAGGAGAUUCAUUUAAAUAUGAGCAGAUUCUCCAAUUCACUAGAGAUUUUAGUGAAGCAAAUCUUAUAGAGCAUGGACACUCUGGAGACAUAUACCUGGGGUCCUUGGUGAGUGGAACACCUGUAGUAAUCAAAAGGGUAGAUUUGCAUUGCGUCAAGAAAGAAUCCUAUGUGCUAGAAAUGGAUUUAUUCAACAAGGUUUCACAUACAAGAUUGGUGCCACUUUUGGGGUACUGCUUGGAGCACGAGAGCGAGAAGUUUCUGGUUUACAAAUACAUGCCAAAUCGAGACUUGGCUAGUUCCUUGCACAGAGUUACCAAUUCAGAAGAUGGCAAUUUAAAGUCCCUGGAUUGGAUUACAAGAUUAAAAAUUGCAAUUGGAGCAGCUGAAGUCCUAGCUUACCUACAUCAUGAGUGCAGCCCACCCCUUGUUCACAGGGAUGUUCAAGCAAGCAGUAUACUUCUCGAUGAUAAAUUUGAGGUCCGACUUGGAAGCUUGAGUGAGGUCCGUGUUCAAGGGGAUGCUAACCAAAAUGUGAUCACGAGGUUGUUGAGGAAACAACAAACUUCUGAACAAACCCCUUCUGCCUCAUCAUCGGUGGCUUGCACUUACGAUGUCUACUGUUUCGGGAAGGUUUUGCUUGAGCUUGUGACGGGUAAACUUGGCAUCAGCAAAUCAGAUGAUGCAUCAACAAGAGAGUGGCUGGAUCACACAGUGCGUUACAUCAGCAUAUAUGACAAGGAACUGGUUAAUAAGAUUCUUGACCCAUCUCUGAUAGUAGAUGAUGAUCUACUGGAAGAGGUAUGGGCCAUGGCAAUCGUGGCCAGGUCCUGCCUUAACCCCAAGGCUUCCAAGCGUCCCCUGAUGAGAUAUAUCCUUAAAGCGUUGGAAAACCCUCUAAAAGUGGUGAGGGAAGAUAGUUCGAGCUCUGCAAGGCUGCGGACAACUUCAUCUAGAAGAUCCUGGAGCGCUGCUUUCUUCGGUAGCUGGCGGCACAGCUCAUCGGAGAGUGCCACUGUUCCUGGCCAUGCAAACAGAGAGAGCAUCAGUAGCGUAAAACAGCCGGGGCUAGUAGGUGGAAAUGAGUCUUCCGCUUCCCGUAAAAGGUUAUCAAAUGAAAUUUUUCCUGAGCCGAUUGAAAUGCAAGAUCUCGAGAGGCAAGAAGAACAUUAAUCGAAAGAGUGCUGAACUACCAGUUUCAUCACUUGGCAACUGGGUUUAUGAGGCAUCUGGUUUGAUGUUCAUCUGGCGGAAAUGUAAAUGUAACAUCAAGUUGAUCCAUUAAGUUGAGACAGAUUCUUAUUCAUAUUAGAGCUUGUUAAUUGUAGAAAACAAGCUGCAAAGUCUCUGUGAUAGAUGCUUUUUAAAAAAUUUCCCAAGAAUGGAGUAUAAAAUUUGUUAAAGAUCUUGGGAAAUUCUUCUUGGGACAA